GAGGAAAAAAUUCCCUUGGCGGGAUUCAUCGACGGGAAUACUGUAUGUUAUUAAAAACGUGGUGGGGGCAACCCGCUUUCAGUGUUCUGUGGAAGCGCUGGACGUCGAACCAUCAGACUUCUAUCUUAGGAGUAACACAUACGUCAUAGAUGAUUCGAUGGGUGGUAUAUUCCUUGUGCAGUGCAGGUUGCUUUGCUGCUAUCAAUCCAAAUGAUGCACUGAGUGGAUGGCCAGAAGUGCAUCCUCCGCUAAAUUUCAAGCCAAAACUGCCACUGCCAAGAGGGGGCUUGCCUCCAUUCCAUGCUCCGGCGCUACAGUCGCCCAUCGACAUCCGGUUCAGCAGUGCAGCCAAGGUCAUCCUGCCACCCCUUGAGUUCGAGGACUUGCUGAAUGAUGGUGUGCGGAUUAUCAUGAGAAAUACGGGGACAACUGUGCAAUUCGACGUAGCAGACAAUAGUGUGGUGAGACCUACCUUGAUGGGCGGGCCAUUGGCGAGGCAUGGAGUUUUCCAGUUUUCCAAUCUUCAUGUUCACUGGGGAACUCAAGAUGUUCUUGGUGGCGAACACAAAGUAAAUAGUCGAAGAUUUGCAGUCGAAGGUCACUGCGUACACUUUAAUACGAAAUAUAAAACGUUAGAAGAAGCAGAAAAGCACGAAGAUGGGCUGUCAGUUGUGACAUUCUUUGCAAAAGCAGGAAAUGUGGAUAAUCCAAAACUCGAACGGCUGAUCAGUCUGCUGCCGAGUAUCAGGUACCCCAACACCUCGGUUUCCCUGACAGCUAGAGACAGCCUGGACUGGUUUGCUGACAUAGGAGAGCCCACCAACUACUUCACUUACCCAGGCUCCCUCACUACAGCCCCCUUCACCGAGAACGUCUUCUGGAUCAUCUAUCCCCGCCCUAUGUUCGUGUCAUCCAGACAGGUAGAAGCAUUCAGAAACUUACUUUCAAACGAGUUAGUGGAAAACAGAGUGAACGCAAGGACAGUGCAACCAUUCAAUGACAGACCACUGAUUUACUCUGUUUAAAGGUUUGAGCCCUACAGAACAGCUUCCACUGCAAAGAUGGUUUUAUUUAUUUGUGAUUGCUUAUAAUAAAGUUAUUUAUAAUUUUUUA